CGCAGUUGCGAUCUGGAAAGAGAUCUUGCGAUCAGGAGCUGCGGGUUGUGAACGGUUCGAUUUAGCUGUGUUAGACUAUAUUAGUUACUUCAUUAGAGGGCCGGUAUGCAAAAUUAACAUUCAUGUCGUGCAGAAGUGGAGCCAGCAUUUGGGGUGCACUGGAUUGCAUUUAUUAUGAAGACCUCUGUCUGCCAAACGGAGAUAACAGAAAGCUUCUCUGGCUCGUAUAGCUCGAGAACGUGGAGGAAAAGAGAUGCAUUUCUAUACAGUCGAAUAGGCUAGUAGUUACAGCUUUCUAAAUGCGUCUUCUUAUCGAACAGCCAAGAACAAUGAGCAGUGGCUCUAGCAACUUUCUGCUAGUGCCUAUACCGGAGUAUCCUGUACUAGACUGCGUGCCAAACAAAAACGUCAAAAUAGUUGUUCUCGGUGCAAGCAAUGUCGGAAAAACAGCUCUGAUUGUACGAUUUCUUACUAAGAGGUUCAUAGGAGACUAUGAAGCCAACACAGGAGCCUUGUAUUCAAGGAAGAUUAAUUUGGAUGGGGAGCAAGUUUCUUUACAAGUGCAGGACACUCCGUGUGUUUCACUCCAGGAUGACGCAGAGGGUCUUUACUGUCAAGAGCAGAUCAACCGCUCCAUUUACUGGGCAGAUGGUUAUGUUCUUGUCUUCUCCAUAACUGACCCCAACAGCUACCGUACCAUCCAGCCUCUCUAUCAACAUGUGCGGCGAAUCCAUCCCAGCGCCAACAUCCCUGUUAUCAUUGUGGGAAACAAGAGCGACCUGCUGCGUGCCCGGCAGGUCCCGGAUCACGAGGGUAAGGCGCUGGCUGAUGAAUUGGGAGGGCCCUACUUUGAGGCUUCGGCCAGGGAGAACCAUGAGAGCGUCCAGGCUGCUUUUCUGUACUUAUGUCAGGAGGUUAGCCGAGCGCUGGCAGGAGGAAAUGGGGAGAAGAGAAAAGGUGGACUACACCUUGCCAGGCCAAAGAGCCCAAACAUGCAAGAGCUGAAGAGAAGGUUCCGGCAAGUCUUGUCUUCCAAGGUCAAGUCAGCGACUGCACUAUGAGGAUGAUAUGAUUGACGAAUGUGACUGUAUAGGAUUCAGAAAGUUUUAACAAAAUGCUGUUGCAUAAGUGAUUGUGAAACACGAGGCAAAACAAUGAAACUUGCCAGCUGAUUUUGCAAGUAUAGAUGAGCAGUGAGAUCACUGUGCUCUGGAUGAACUGUAACAUGGGACUCCUGGCACUGAACUUCUAAUGGUUUUAAGGCCAAAAAUUGUGUUUUCGUUAAAUUGUUUAGCUGCUUUUAUGCAAAUGUUUCCUGGUUUUCCGGGAUUAUGAUUAAUUUCUUAAAUUCAAUUGUUUAAUGUGAAGCAAGGAUAAAAAGAUUAUUUUUGACCAAGGCCAUUUAUUGUGUAUAUUGAAAGUAACAAAGUAAGACAAACAUACUGAAGGGCCAUUUAUUGGACACAUAAGAUGAUCACAGUCUAUUCCUAAGAUUCUCAUGUGACUGGAGCAGUUUUACAAAAUGCUGUUCUAGGAUUAUCCCAUCUUUUCCUGACAGUGAGAGACAUAAUCCAGUUAUGUUGUUUAUAAUCGUGGGAGGAAGAGGUUGUUGACUGGUGGUUCCCAUGACCUUUGACCUACUUACACUGUGUCAAGGAUUUGAGUGUACUAUGGAGGUUCGUAGACGGUCUCCUUCGCUUUUUCUUUCAGAUGUCCCACUCGCCCACUCAAAAGGACAUUUGUUUAUCUUGCAGCACAGAUGAAGUAGCAUUCCUCUGAAGCAGGUCUGGAGAUUCCUGGACUAAACUAUUGGUCAUGCACCCAGUUAGUCAUUGACCUCUAACCUUUCACCUCUGAUAUAGUCUACCAUUUUCCUCUCUUCACUCAAUGUCCUAAAUGAAAAGCAGAUUCAGUAAGUGACUAGCCUUGAAUUCUCUGCUCUCGGGAAAGUGAGAGCAUGUCCAUUUCCUUAUACUUUGGCAAAGUAAAAGACUGGUAAAAUAUACAGUAUAUGCUGUGGUGAUUUGAUUUCUUUCUCAACAAGCAUUUGCCUUCUCUCUUCAUCUCUAUCUUUUACAUAAAC